AUGUUUGGUGAUAUGGGAAAUUUGGCGUACGAUGACAGUCUUCCCUUGCGAAAUACGAACGGGCAACAGCUUUUUAAUGUCUGGAUUGACGAUACCCCUACAGUGGGUUGGGGUAAUAAAGAACGAACACUAGCUGAAUAUAUAUCAGAAAUAUUGUUAAAAGAGUAUGCAGAGGCAGGAAAACGUGAAAGAGUUACCGACUCAUUUGUCAACUUCCUUUUAGGAGUUCUAGAAUUUAAUGAAUAUCCGUUUUCUUUGAGAUUGAAGGCAGAUUUUGAUGAAGACAAGCACAUAAAAAACGUUGACAAAUUAACUUGGUGGGGCGAAUUCCAAAUAGCGGGGGAAUUAUAUGUAAACCAUUUGGAAAUAAAAGGGAGAUACUAUGUUCAAACAUUAUUUGCUAUACGUGUAAUUGGGACACGAUUUACAUUUUACAAGGCCGAGAUUGGUUUUAAUUACCUCAAUAGUUUGCCUAAUGGGUUUCCGGGUAAUAGUAUGUAUAUAUACAGGUAUCCAGGGCGGAAUAAUCAAUCUAGAGAUGACAUUCCAUGUCUUGAUUACACAGAUCCUAAUUAA